UUUCCCGGUUCCCGGACCCGGUUUUUUCAAAAUUCCGAUCUCUAAAUUGGAUCACUGUGCCCGUGUCGUGCCACCAUUAAUUUUAAUUAAAGUUAAAUUAAUUUUAUUAUUAGUAGUUUUUGACUUUCAAUUAUUUUGCCUAUCUUUUAAUUAUUUAUAUUGGAACCCAAAUAUGGUUUAUGACGAAGGCGAUCAGUUGCGUUCUGAUCAAGAAGAACGACGUAGGGAAAAAUUUAGCCGUGAGCGUGGUGGUGAUUAUUUAAUGGAUAGAGGAAGGCGUAAUUUUGGUGGACCUGAUCGGCGUGAUUACUCGAAUGGAUUGGGAGGUGUCAAGAAGCGUUCUUUUCGUGACGAAGACACUUAUCAGCCCGCUAAACGGAGCAGAUUCGACAGUGCUGUCGAUUCUUAUGAACCACAAUUUAAUCGUCGAAGUGACGGAAACUUUCCACCCGUUCAAAUGGAUGCAGCCUCUGCUCAACCUCCGAUGCUUUUGACGUUUCGCAAAUUUUUAGAUACUCAAGAUGAUGCUAUAUUAACAGAUGAAGAGGCAAUUGCAAAAUAUAAUGAAUAUAAAACUGAAUUUAUGCGUCAAGAAUGUGAACGUUAUUUUCAUGCGCAUAAGGAUGUUGAAUGUAAAGAACGGCGUACGGAGCGACGUCAGCAUAUUCUCAAACGACUUCAGAUUUUUAAUGAGCUUCUUGAUGCCAACAAGAUUGAUGCUUUGACACUUAGUUACGAACAUGCGGAGCAACUUAUCCGAUUCAUGGAUAUGGUUGUUAUCAAAUUGGAGGACGGCACUGAUGCUGACAUUGAAGCUGCUGCUGCUGAACCUAUUAGCGAUGAGUCUGUUUUGGAUUUGCUUUCUUCUAAACAUGUUACACAACAAAAACAAACUCAAACGGAUGAUAAUUUGGCAGAUACUAUUGUUAGUGAUGAAGGUUCUUCGCCAACUAAACGUUUGGUCAGAGAUGUUAUGGAUACAGUGUUAGAUACCUAUGAGGAUGCAAAUAAAGGCGAAGAAGCGGACGAGGGCGAAGAAGGCGAAAAACCUAUGGAGCUUAAUCCAUUAAUUCAACCAACCAAACAAGCACCGUUACCUCAUAAGACGUGUAGUAUUCAUUUCCGUACUGUUCCUGCUACUGUACCAUUGGCAGAGAUCGAAAAUCUUUGUAAGCAACAUCCUGGAUUUUUGCGUUUAUCACUUUCUGAUCCAAUGCCUGUUGUUAUUGAUAGAAGAAGUGGAAAAUCGCAACCAAUUCGAACCGCUUUAGUUACCUACCGAGAAGAUGUGAACAUUAAGGAAAUUUUUUGGGCAUUGCGUAAUACCAAAUUUAAUGGUGUCUCAUUAAAUGCUUCUGUUAAUCGUGAGUUUCGUCGUCGGGUUCGAAGCAUUGGUGCCACGAGUGGAUUAUCUUCUCAACGUAAUAUUGUCCAAAAUGAUAUUCGCCAAGCGGCCAAACUCAUUGUGCUUUACGAUCUUAAGGAAUGCCUUUACCGAGAAGAAAAUGAGUCUUGUGAAGAAGGGGAAGAACAAUUACAAAAUGAAUCACAAUCCGCUGAUGAAGCACUUCUUUCUGAUCUUGAAGGAGCUGUUUUGAAAAGUAGGAAUCCUCUCUUGAGUGGAAUUUCCGAUUAUCUCGUUGAUGUAACUAGUGCUGAAGAGGAUGCACUUGUUGAGAAUGUUGCUCAAGUUCAUGGUACUGAAUUGAUGGAGGAAAUGGAAAAGGAUAAUAAAAUGAUUAAGGUGCUCGAUCGUUUACUUCUUUAUUUGCGAAUUGUGCAUUCAAUUGAUUUUUAUGCUACUAUCGAUCUUGCUUUAAUUCAUGUUCGUGGACGUCCUCUGGACAAUAUUACAACGACAACUACCACUACUCGAGUUCCUCAAUUGCCAAAAACGGUUAUUAGUGGACAUAUUGCUACCUUUAAUGCUCUCCUUGAUCAAGGACUUUUUAAGAGAGCUUUAUUACCUGAGGAAGAAUUGCAAAAGCUUGGAAAGAAAGAUGCUGAAAAAGCGGUUCAGGAUUUUCUUGACAAGAACACUGUUGAACAAGCUCCAGGCAAGUAUCUCUGCCCUCUUUCUGGAAAGCGUUUCAGAGCUGUUGAAUUUGUUCAUAAACAUUUGCAUUCUAAACAUCAAGAAGAAAUUGAUGCUGCUAGACAUGAAGCUCUCUAUUUUAAUAAUUAUUUAUGCGAUCCAAAUCGUCCACAUAAUCAAAUUUUCGUCAAAAUUACUAAUACUGCAUCUGCAGUUGAGCGUGAAAUUCGUCGUUCUUCUGCCUCACCGCCGCCAAAUCGAAACACUCAAAAUUCAACAUUGGAAGAGGGGGCAGGUGGAGGGAGAGAUUCGGAAAGGCCUGUGCCUCGUAGUACAUGGCAACCAUUGGACCGUUUUAAUAGUAGUGGUGGAGGGAAUAAUAGAUAUAAUGGAGGAGGACAGGGUCAACGUUCUUUUGGUGGUGGGAUUAAUUCAGGAGGUUCAACACGUCAACGCUUUUCUUAUGAACCAGUUAACGAAGUGAGUGGUGCUGGAAGCGGUGGGUUUGGGGGUGGACGUUCUAGAGUUGACCCGAGGGCUCCGCCUUCUUAUAGGGAUUUGGAUGCUCCAACUGAGGAUAUUAUUUGA